GGAUCUUGUACAAUCGACAGACAUCGCGUUUUUAAACACAUAUAUUGACAGCCGAUGCUCAACGCCAAGAGCCGAACCUGGGGUUUAGCUGAACAGCCUCAUCUUAUGACCAAUAAUGUUGCCAGAACAAACUCCUACGGAAAACGCGCUGCAAACCUUCCGGAUGGUUCGGAAGUGUCAUUAGUAUGCGUGAAGGUCGACCCUGGAUACACUUGGAGGCGGGCUGACAUUGCGGUCUGGCCCGCCGCGCAACCCUACUUUCAUAACACAGUCUUCUGCGCAUCCGAAUAACGCAACUUGAUUUCAAGAGUUUGGAACCGAGGAUCCCAGCUAUAGCUCAGAAUACGCAGCAGAUUCUGUACUCGGCACUGGCCCAAGGACGAUUGCAGCCCCCACUGUCUCGAAUGACCAGUUCACGACCAAGAACAGGUCUUUUGGUGCAAUGGCCGAACUGCCUACAGAAGAACAGGCUAAACUGGCAAAAGAAAACAGAAGCUUCGAAAUAAUCAUAAUCGUAAGCUCCUUCACCAUAUUUGCCAUGAUCGCCGUCGGCCUCCGCCUCUUUACGCGCCUCAAGAUCACCAAGAUGUUCGGACAAGAAGAUGUCUUCAUAAUUUUUGCCAUGGCCUCAGCCAUCGCACUGGGCGGGUUCCAGAUCAAAGAAGCUGCAUGGGGCAACGGCCGGCAUCAAUUGUUUAUGGACCAGACUGCCACUGAGUGGAUGUUGAUAUACCUUUAUUGCAGCAUCCCCACCUACAACAUUGCCCUAUUCUUCGUCCGAAUCUCGAUAUUACUACAAUAUCGCCGCAUCUUCGUAUUUUCACGUGGUGUGUGGAGCGCAAACACAUUUCUUAUGGGUGUCAGCGCGGCAUUCGCAUUGGAGUCGGUCUUUGUUGGGGUGUUUCAGUGUGUCCCGAUUGAUGCAUUCUGGGACACCAAGAAGAUGCCAGCCGCACGCUGCAUCAACGUAAUCGCGUGGUACUAUGCCAAUGCCGGGUUAAACGUUGCUGUUGAUCUACUUAUAGCUGUGUUACCAGUGCGAGCUAUCUGGCGCCUUCACAUCCCUGCAAAGCAGAAGGUUGCCGUACAGCUAAUUCUUACAAUGGGCUGGGUUAUCUGUAUCGUAUCGAUCCUUAGGCUUCAUUCAUUGAUCGUACUCGGCAAGCACCCAGAGGACAUUUCGUGGCACGGCGCUGCGCCAGCCUACUUCUCUGCGAUAGAGGUCAACCUAGGCAUCGUGUGUGCUUCACUGCCAGCUCUGAAGCCUUUAAUUGCUAGGGUAGUACCGGAAUUUCUGAUGCGACAACUCAGCCAUUUAAGCCGCCUCACCAGGACUGCGACCUCCGAUCAUCAGUCAUGUAUGCUUUCAGAAGAUGACCAUCGCUGGCAUGCGGCGAUUGGCGACGAUCUCACGCCGCCUUCGCCUCUGCCACCUGAUCAGGUCUUCGUCACGAGGGAGUUCGGACGACACUCUGAAAUUAAUACGAAUUUGGGAGAGGUUGAGAGGACAUAUCACACGGGCUGACCCAAAACGAUAGCCCUUGGGAAUCUACCUCAUACUGCUGUAA